CCCGGCAAUCAGGGGAAUAAACCGGGGAGGAAAGCGAGAGGCACAGGCGUAGCGAGAGCGCGCGAGCGCCGGCGGACUCGCCCAGCUCCGUUUGCGAAGUCGCCCUUGAUGGCGGCGGAGGCGCGGCAGCCGCGGCGCGGAGCAGCCGACGCGCGCUAGGGGGUCCGCCCGCCGCCGCCCCUGCCCCGCGCGCGCCAGUCCGCGCCCCGGCCCCCGGCGCGCCCGCUCUCCGGACGUCCGCGCUCCGGCCGGCGUGUGCUGCUGCUCCCCGCGCGGUUUCCAGCGCCGUUCCUUCCCGCGGCUCGGGAGGAGGCGGGAUUGAUCUUCGAUCGCGAAGAUGGCUGCUGGCUGCCUGCUGGCCCUGACGCUGACACUUUUGCAGUCUUGGCUGAUCGGCCCCUCGUCGGAGGAGCCGUUCCCUUCGGCCGUCACCAUCAAGUCAUGGGUGGAUAAAAUGCAAGAGGACCUUGUCACACUGGCGAAAACAGCAAGUGGAGUCAAUCAGCUUGUUGAUAUUUAUGAGAAGUAUCAGGAUUUGUAUACUGUGGAACCAAAUAAUGCACGGCAGCUGGUGGAAAUUGCAGCCAGGGAUAUUGAGAAACUUCUAAGCAAUAGAUCUAAAGCUCUGGUGCGCUUGGCUUUGGAAGCAGAGAAGGUUCAAGCAGCCCACCAGUGGAGAGAGGAUUUUGCGAGCAAUGAAGUUGUCUACUACAAUGCAAAGGAUGAUCUUGAUCCUGAAAAAAAUGAGAGUGAGCCAGGCAGCCAGAGGAUAAAACCUGUUUUUAUUGAGGAUGCUAAUUUUGGACGACAGAUAUCCUAUCAACAUGCCGCAGUCCAUAUUCCCACGGACAUCUAUGAGGGCUCAACAAUUGUGUUAAAUGAACUCAACUGGACAAGUGCCUUAGACGAAGUUUUCAAAAAAAAUCGAGAGGAAGAUCCUUCGUUGUUGUGGCAGGUGUUUGGCAGUGCCACAGGCCUUGCCCGAUAUUACCCAGCUUCCCCAUGGGUUGAUAACAGUAGAACUCCAAACAAGAUUGAUCUUUAUGAUGUACGCAGAAGACCAUGGUACAUCCAAGGAGCUGCAUCACCUAAAGACAUGCUUAUUUUGGUUGAUGUGAGUGGAAGUGUUAGUGGAUUGACACUUAAACUGAUCCGAACCUCUGUCUCCGAAAUGUUGGAAACCCUCUCAGAUGACGAUUUCGUGAAUGUGGCUUCAUUUAACAGCAAUGCCCAGGAUGUGAGCUGUUUUCAGCACCUUGUCCAAGCCAAUGUGAGAAAUAAGAAAGUGCUGAAAGACGCAGUGAAUAAUAUCACAGCAAAAGGAAUCACUGACUAUAAGAAAGGCUUUAGUUUUGCUUUUGAACAGCUGCUUAAUUAUAAUGUUUCUAGAGCCAACUGCAAUAAGAUUAUCAUGUUGUUCACGGACGGAGGAGAAGAGAGAGCCCAGGAGAUAUUUGCCAAAUACAACAAAGACAAAAAAGUACGUGUAUUCACAUUUUCAGUUGGUCAACAUAAUUAUGACAGAGGACCUAUUCAGUGGAUGGCCUGUGAAAAUAAAGGUUAUUAUUAUGAAAUUCCUUCCAUUGGAGCAAUAAGAAUCAAUACUCAGGAAUAUUUGGAUGUUCUGGGUAGACCAAUGGUGUUAGCAGGAGACAAAGCUAAGCAAGUUCAAUGGACAAAUGUGUAUCUGGAUGCACUGGAACUAGGACUUGUCAUUACUGGAACUCUUCCGGUCUUCAACAUAACGGGCCAAGUUGAAAAUAAGACAAACUUGAAGAACCAGCUGAUUCUUGGUGUGAUGGGAGUUGAUGUGUCUUUGGAAGACAUUAAACGACUAACACCGCGUUUUACACUGUGCCCCAAUGGCUAUUAUUUUGCGAUUGAUCCUAAUGGUUAUGUUUUACUACAUCCAAAUCUUCAGCCAAAGCCUAUUGGUGUAGGUAUACCAACAAUUAAUUUAAGAAAAAGGAGACCCAGUGUUCAGAAUCCCAAAUCUCAGGAGCCAGUAACUUUGGAUUUCCUUGAUGCAGAAUUAGAGAACGACAUUAAGGUGGAGAUUCGAAAUAAAAUGAUCGACGGAGAGAAUGGAGAAAAAACAUUUAGAACUUUGGUUAAAUCUCAAGAUGAGAGGUACAUUGACAAAGGAAACAGGACAUACACAUGGACUCCUGUGAAUGGCACAGAUUACAGUUUGGCCUUGGUAUUACCAACCUACAGUUUUUACUAUAUAAAAGCCAAAAUAGAAGAGACAAUAACUCAGGCCAGAUCCAAAAAGGGCAAAAUGAAGGAUUCUGAAACACUGAAGCCGGAUAAUUUUGAAGAAUCUGGCUACACAUUCAUAGCACCAAGAGAUUACUGCAAUGACCUUAAAAUAUCAGAUAACAACACUGAAUUUCUUUUAAAUUUCAAUGAGUUUAUUGAUAGAAAAACGCCAAACAACCCAUCCUGUAACACGGAUUUGAUUAAUAGAGUCUUGCUGGAUGCAGGCUUUACAAAUGAACUUGUCCAAAAUUACUGGAGUAAGCAGAAAAACAUCAAGGGAGUGAAAGCGCGGUUUGUUGUGACUGAUGGAGGAAUUACCAGAGUUUAUCCCAAAGAGGCUGGAGAAAACUGGCAAGAAAACCCAGAAACAUAUGAGGACAGCUUCUAUAAAAGGAGUCUCGAUAAUGAUAACUAUGUUUUCACUGCUCCCUACUUUAACAAAAGCGGACCUGGUGCUUAUGAAUCAGGCAUUAUGGUAAGCAAAGCUGUAGAAAUAUAUAUCCAAGGAAAACUUCUGAAACCUGCAGUUGUCGGAAUUAAAAUUGAUGUAAAUUCUUGGAUAGAGAAUUUCACCAAAACAUCAAUCAGGGAUCCGUGUGCUGGUCCAGUUUGUGACUGCAAAAGGAACAGUGAUGUAAUGGAUUGUGUGAUUCUAGACGAUGGUGGAUUUCUUUUGAUGGCAAAUCAUGAUGAUUAUACAAACCAGAUUGGACGAUUUUUUGGAGAGAUCGAUCCAAGUUUGAUGAGACACCUGGUUAAUAUAUCGGUUUACGCUUUUAACAAGUCUUACGAUUAUCAGUCGGUGUGUGAACCCGGCGCUGCACCCAAGCAAGGAGCAGGGCAUCGCUCGGCGUACGUGCCAUCAAUAGCAGACAUACUACACGUUGGCUGGUGGGCCACUGCCGCUGCUUGGUCUAUUCUACAGCAGUUUCUCCUGAGUUUGACCUUUCCACGACUUCUUGAGGCAGUUGAGAUGGAAGAAGAGGACUUCACAGCUUCUCUGUCAAAGCAGAGUUGCAUUACCGAACAAACCCAGUAUUUCUUCGAUAAUGACAGCAAAUCAUUCAGUGGUGUAUUAGACUGUGGGAACUGCUCCAGAAUCUUUCAUGUAGAAAAGCUUAUGAACACCAACUUAAUAUUCAUUAUGGUUGAGAGCAAAGGGACUUGUCCCUGCGACACACGACUGCUCAUACAGGCAGAGCAGACUUCUGAUGGUCCAGAUCCUUGUGAUAUGGUUAAGCAACCCAGAUACCGAAAAGGGCCUGAUGUCUGCUUUGAUAACAAUGUCUUGGAGGAUUAUACUGACUGUGGUGGUGUUUCUGGAUUGAACCCCUCCCUGUGGUCCAUCAUCGGAGUCCAGUUUCUACUACUUUGGCUUUUAUCUGGCAGCAGACACUGCCAAUUAUGACCUUCUAAAACUCAAUCUGCGUAAUUAAAGUCCAGACCCUGCCAAAACACGAGGCCUCAGUUGCGUUAAGAUAGGGUCAACUGUGGAAUGAGCAGAACACUAGCUGGGCCCAUACCAUGGCUAAAUCUAAGGCACAGACGCAUAUGGCCCCCACUGGCUGCAUGUCAGGGUCUCAGAUCCUUAAACUUGUGUGAAUGCUGCAUCAUCUAUGUCUAACGUCAAAGCAAAAUUCUAUACAUGCUCUAUUGGAAAAUUGGAGAGUUUGUUGUUUGCGUUGUUGGUGAUUAUAUGUAAAAGGGCUCCCCACACUGUUUAUGAAUCAUACAAAUUGUCUUGACCUUGACCUGGAAUUUUGACUUACUGCAAAUCUUGUUCUUUUACCAAGAAAAUCUCUAAAGGAAAAAAAAAAAAGGAGUUAUUUUUGCCCUCACGUAUUCUUCUGUUAAAAAUUAUUUCCUGCUUUGAGUAGUUAUUGAAAAACGAAAUAGAAAGAGAGAGAUUGAUGUAAUCUGUUCAAAUAGAAAUAAUGGCUAACUUUCUAUGGAAAGAAAUCUGCCAUAAAUAAAAUGCCUUACGAAGAAUGGCUUCUCUGCCAAAAUAGGAACACAAAUGACGACCAAUUAAGUUUUGCUGGGGUAAUGAAUCCGUGUUUGAAAAAAUAACUAAGAAACUAUUAAACUAAAGGUGCUUGAAGAUGCAAUUUGAACAUGUGACAUGUUUCCUCAUAAAUGUAAGCCCUGAAUCAGUGCUUCGAUGUAAUGUUUCUUUUUGUUCGCAGUAAAGUUAUGUAGUGCUAGCCAGAUAUUUCAAAAUGCUCUGAGAGAAGCUUGUGGGGGUGGGGGGAGGGGAAAAUGUUUUUUCUUGUGAUAAAUGAACUUUGGUUACCAAGGGUAUUUUGCAUGAUGCUGCCACUAUUUUACCUUUCGGUUUGUUUUUCUCUUACUGUAUAGUCCUUUGAAAAGUUAACCGAGUGACGUUAGUGUUAUGUAAGACUCUGAACCUUGCAGUGUAAUGCACUUAAGUCAUCCUUAAAAAUGUCAUUAAAUUACUCUGAAUAUACUGUGCAACGUCAAUGCCGAAUGACUGGCGUAGGUAAAUGGUGAAAUGGGCUAACGGAUUUUAUACAGACUCGUGCUUUUGCCUGAAAACCUAUGUACAGAUAUUUUAAGUACAUAAAUCAGAUUUGACACAUUUAUUUUUUGAAGAGUCCAUAUACGUUCUCGAUGAAGAUUCACACUAGGUUUCCUCUUUGUUCGUUUGCAUAGCAGCACAUACACUCCAGACGUUUCUGCCGCUGCUGCUUUUCUCCCUCCGUUGUAAAGGGUAUAUGAUCAUUUGACCAAAAUUUCCGUGCAGUUUGAUGAGGGUUUUAUAAUAUCUGAACAAAUAGGAAACCUUGAAUCUGUAUGUAUGCACAUGAACACUUGAUUGUGAAUAAUCAAAAUUGUUUUUAUACAGCCUCAUUGGUGAAAAUGAUUAGUGUAGUGAAUGGGAUAUUUCAUUAUAGACUGAUAUGCUAGAUUAUUAUUUAUGCUUUUAAAAAUAAUUUGCAGGAGUCAACAGUGUUUGAAGAAAGGGUAAAAACUGUGGAUGUGUAAUUCUAGUUCAAGUGAGUAAUUCUGCCGAAGGCUGGAAGUAUACAGAUAUUUUUUAUGGCGAAAUGCCUUUGUUAUUUUGAACAUGCCAAAUAUUGGUGUGUGUAUAUGCUGGACAUUUUCUUAUACAUCCUUUUUAAGUCAAUAUCUUACUAACAUUAUCCAGCAUGCUUUAUUACGCUCCGCGUAUCAAAGACGUAACCACGUCUUUGGCGUAGUUUAAAAGAUGUUAGUUUUGUUUUCAGCUUUGCACACAUUUGUAACUCCCUCCCACCACCCAUAUGCCCUAGGAACCAUUUGUGUAUAUUUCCUUAUUUAAACUAUUUUUUAUUUAAAACCAGGGGUGGGUGGGAGUGGAAUCAUUUUGCCAGCUAUUGUGCUAAGGGUUGACAUCAGUUACCAUUUCUAACGCAUCGUUGUGAUUUUGUAGUCUCAUUUGUACCUGGUAUUGACAUUUUAGAAAACACCAAAGUGAUUAAAAAAAAAAAAUAUAUAUAUAUAUAUAUAUAUACACACACACACACACAUACACGGAACUUCUCACUCUAGUGACACUAUGUUUAAAUCAUGUUGUUUGUUGAUUACAUAUUUAAACCUUACUGUUACCUUUUGCUAGACUAUUUUAAAUCAUGAAAGUGUUGGGAAGGGGAUAUCAAAAUAUAAAAUUAUGUUAGUUCGUGUGUAUAUAUGAUGCACAUUACAACAACUGAAUUGCUUCCAGCAUACAACAAACUACCUUAAAAUUAUCUUUAAAAUCUAUUAAAUAUAUUUUCGUGGCUAAUGUCACUGAAAUAGUAUGUCUUCAUCAACUACGUUACUGUUGCAUUAUCACAGUUAAACUUGGCGUCUCUUGGCAGGGUCCUGUUGAUUCCAUUUGCCAUCAAAAUAUAUUAACAUGCACGAGUCUUGCUAUGAUCCUUGAUUUUCUGUUAUAAAAUAAACUUCUACUAUGAGAACCAUGUACUUGGUAAUAAAUUGGGUAAGAACGUGCUUUCUGACUAAAAAUUGUUCUCAUGCCUAAUACUAGUCUUCAUACUCUUAGCAUUUUUUCAAAGACAGUAACCCUCAUCCCAUCAAAUUGUUAUAUUUAAUUUAGGAUUUUUCUGUGAGUUCUCAUUCUUGACAAGACCUGUUAUGAAUAUUGAUUUUCAAAGACUAAACGAUCGAGAGGAAAAAGCUUUUAAUCUCUUCGGCUUCUUUCAUUUUGGCUCUACUCAUCCAGUUUAACGUAGUUUGUCAGCAAAACAAAAUCAAAGUAAGUCUUACACUGGUGUUGAGGAACAGGAAUGACUUUUACAUUAAUGGUUUCUUUAGAUUCUCUUCCUUUGAACCACCAAUCGUGCCAAACACCAAUCGUGGUCCAUAUUUGUAACAGGUUUUUAACAUGACAUAGUUAGCAAGUUUGAUUGAAGAGAUUUUUAGGUCCUGGGCCUUUAAGAUUUUAGUAUGAUCUUUUUUCAUGUUUCUAAUGCUUGAGGCGUUAUUGCUAUACUUGGGGGGAAAAAAGAACACAAAACAAAACAGUGUUGCUGCCAUUUGUAAGUUUUCCUGGAAUAUUCCUUUUAGUAACUUUAAAACUGGCCUUACUGGGUUCAAAUAGGCAGUAUCCCUUUUAAGUGACCUUUGCAACCCAAGUGUUACUUGCUUAUUUGAUGCUCUCUUCUAUUUAUGUCUCAUUUAAAUCUUUCUCCCCACCAAAGCAUAAAUUCUGUGUCUUCAUUUAAAACUCUGAACUAUUCCAUUAAUCGUUAGUUAACAUUAAAAUAUCUAGAGGUAGACAGUUUGACCUUGUGAAACAAAGUGAGCGCUGUGAUUUUUUCAAGUGUAGAAUAGAAUGAUGAUUUCACUUGCCCCCAACUUGAACUAUUUUAUCCCUAUGUAGAACUUGUGUUGUUUUCCCAUUAGCAGAAUGUUAAUAUUGCUAAUAUUCCAUGUAUAUUUCUGUAAAGAGCAAAUCAAUAUAAGACGUAUCAAGUGUUGAAUAAAUUCCAGAAUUUCAAAGACUCAGACAACCCUUAGCAAGAGUUUCCUCUACCUUAUUUCUAGUUCAUGUAAUUAACUCAGAGAAAUUCCACUGAGACUAAUGGGAUACUGUCUUGUAUAGAUGCCAGUUGAGUUUACAGUGUGACCUGACAAAGCUGUCUUUUUUGUUGUGCCGUAUGAUUGUUGGAUCAUGCUUUUGAGGGAUACUUUUAUUGAAAUGCUCAGUGUGCAUCCAUGCAAAAGGCCCAUUGGCUUUGUGAACAAAAGAUCUUUUCUCCCCUUUAUUAUGUUCUCUUGACACUUUUGUGGAAAUCAACUAGCCUGAUAAAGUUUUGUAAAAAUUUGUAUAAUACUGUUAUAAAAAUAUUUAUAAUCCCAGAAAAUGUUGUGUUAAAUCUUGUGCAAAAACAGUAUAUUCAGAAUAAAAGUUUAUCAUUUAAAGUCA